CGGUGUAUUGCGAAUACCAUAGUUACAUCCAAAGUCUGCGGCGCUAUCUGUGCACAAAACCUCAACAGUCAGUCAUAAGAAUACAUUGAAGCCUACUUUAUCCAUCUGUAGCGCGUUGCUAGUGUUGUCAUUAUUAUUUAUUAUUUAUCAUUAUUAUUAGCUUCUUAGCAGGAAUUCUCAUCCCGGGUCUCUCCUUGUGUUCGUCGAUGGCUUAAGUAGUAGAGUAGUGCAGCCCCAUCGCCCCCCAAGAAGUCCCCAAGAGUGCCACACCCCCUUCCACCCGUAACCUUUACCCUAUCCAAACCUCAACUCCGCCAUCCGCCAUCCUCCAUCCGCCAUCCUCCAUCCGCCAUCCUCCAUCCUCCAUCCUCCAUCCUCCAUCCUCUCCCCCCAUUCAUCGGCUUCCACUCCCGCCAUCCUCUUCCAUCCGCCCCGCUCGUCCUCUGCAUCGAGAGCGUCUGUCCUCGACCUGUUUCCGUUGAUUCCGGGCUGGUUUUCCCCCGAAUACAAAGUACAUCACAUUCGUUAUACGUUGUAAAAUUAUCCUUUCAUUGGUGUUAUCGACAGCAUGGCUCCAAGAACCCAGCCUGUUGUCGCCCAGGGCACUCGGUCAUUGAGAACCAUCAGUUCCGAGCUGGAAUUCCUCGUAGACAUAGAUGUCAUUUCCCAGGCCCAGCGAUCCGCCAUUCUUGCACAACUCCCCAGCGAGGCACAACUCCAAACUUCAGUACAGCAGUCGACCGCAGAUUCACCACCGCCAACGAGUCAAUUGUCCAGCAUGCGUUUGAACGAGAAGAGUCCCGAACCACAACCCUACAACGACCCGCUUCCCCCGCCCGCAUACGCCUCUGGGCCUCCGAUUCUAUCCAUCGCGUCUGCCCUUUACGCCUACACGCCUACCGAUGCUGGGGAUUUGGCUUUGCAGCCUCAAGAUAAAAUUCAGGUUCUGGAGCACAUGAAUAAUGAUUGGUGGCGAGGCCGGAAUGAACGCACACGCCUAGAAGGAAUCUUUCCCCGAACCUAUGUCAGUGUGAUUGAGGAGAAAUCGACAAUUCAUUCACCACAGCCAGUCAGCAGCUAUGGCAAUCUUCCUCUUGAGGUGUCCCAUUCAGGCUCCUCUGGAUCCCAUAGACCAAGCAAGUUCGAAGAGAAUGGGAAGAAAUUCGGAAAGAAAAUGGGUAACGCCGCAAUCUUCGGUGCUGGUGCGACCGUCGGCUCCAAAAUCGUCAACGGCAUUUUUUAAACCCACACCAUCUUCGUCACUUGAUAUCUUUUUCCUUUGGCUUUGGGCUCUGUUAGGUCGGAUGAACACUUGGGAUUUAAAACAUGGAACCUCGGCGUUGGUGGCUCUUUUUUUUUUUCACGUUUGAAUCGAGAUUAUAUUCCUCACAGCAAAAAUGAAGGGACAACAGCGCUAUAACAAACAUGGAGCCUUAUCUUGCCUCAUCUCCUCUUGCCUGCGACUAGCAACAUUGGUCUCCUGCAUUCUACCAAUUCUCACUGGGAUAUUACUAUUGGUGGUUGCUGGAUCGACAGCGUAGUUCGCACCUCGCACUCCCGUCUAUCGACCCCACUAUAUAUAUAUAUAUAUCGGCUCCAUGCGGGGAUGACCACGCUUUCCAAUAUAAACAUAGUGUCCUCGUUAGAUCCGUUCCCGACAAUGAUCGAUCUCACGGUUUGCCGUCUAUACAGCAGCAUGCAUGUGCCAAUCUUUGCGCGCGGCGACUUCCGAACGAAGCGAAGACUCACUCAACUCCGCUGCGCCACUAGUGACAGACUUCAACUUUGGAUAAAAUCUCAUUUUUCCGACUGGAGUUCUUUUCUUGACUAACCCGGCUCCCUUUUUUUUAACCUACUGCCACUUACUUUCCUUUCUAGCUUUCUAUCCUUAGGUCUCUUGUUUUUCUUUUUUCUUUUUCCUUUUUCCUUUUUUUUUUCCCCUCCUUUGUCAACUAAUAAUGACGCCGCCAUCCUGCGUCGAUUCUUUCCCCUAGAUUUCCCCCCCCCCACCCCCCCCGUUAUCUAUAUUACUUGCGUGUUUUUCCCUUUCAUUCUCUGUUUUUCCUCUCUGUUGUCUGGCUCACCUUCUGACUGAUGAUGCAACAACCACAUCGAAAAUAUUGGCAUGUUUUCUUUGCCUAGUUUAAGUCGUGGUUGGUUUGUUAAGAGGAUGAGAUCAGAUUUUUGGGAAAAAAAAAACAAAACAAAACAAAAAAAAAAACAAAACAAAACCCAACACAGAACACUACGUAGUUGACUUCCCCUUUGUCUUGGUCUGGUAUGCCCCUGGAUAUUUUGUCUUGAUUUGAUAUAUGCCGAGGUAGCGCGCAUACUCUGGCUUUCCUCUUUUUUCUUUUUCUGUUUUCUGUUUUUUUUUUUUUUU